AUGGCGGACGCCAUCCUCUGCUGCCUGGCAGCCUAUCUGGAGGAGCUGGAGUCCGUGGAGCUGAACAAGUUCAAGAUGUAUCUGGGCCUGGAGGCCGAGAGGGUGGGGGAGGGGAGAGUGCCCCGGGGGCGGAUGGAGAAGGCGGGACCCCUGGACAUGGCGCAGAUCUUGGUGGCCCACUGGGGCCCAGCUGAGGCCUGGGAGCUGGCCCUCCGCGUCUUCAACCGGAUCAACAGGAAGGACCUUUGGGCACGAGGCUGCCAAGAGGCUCUGGCGAGAGAUGUCCCUCACUCCUUGGAGGUCACUACUUUAGACUCCUGUGGCAGGGAGCCCGGACGCUUGGCCGACAGCUCUCCAGGGAUGACAAAGAAAGAUCCCCAGGAAAUGUACCGCGAGCACGUCAGGCGCAAGUAUCGCUUUAUUGAGGACAGGAACGCCCGCCUGGGAGAACUCGUGAACCUCAGCCAGAGAUACACGCCGCUGCUCCUGGUGAAGGAGCACGCCACCCUGACCAGAGCCCAGCAUGAACUCCUGGCUGUGGGGCGGCAGCACGCGCUGGGCCUGGACCAGCGGGCCAGCCCCAUCCAGGUAGAGACGUUGUUCGAGCCGGACGAGGAGCGCCCGCACGCGCCACACACGGUUGUGCUGCAGGGGGCCGCCGGGAUUGGGAAGUCCAUUCUGGCCCAGAAGGUCAUGCUGGACUGGGCCGACGGGCGCCUCUACUCCGGCCGCUUUGACUACGUCUUCUACAUGAACUGCCGAGAGAUGAACCAGUUCCGGGAGAGGAGCAUGGACGAUCUGAUUUCGGUCUGCUGGCCCGAGAGGAACGUGCCCAUUUCUGAGAUUGUUCGGGUCCCCGAAAGACUCCUGUUCAUCAUCGACGGCUUCGACGAGCUCCGGGCUUCCUUCCACGAGCCGAGAGACUGCGGCUGCAUCCGGUGGGGGGAGAGGAAGCCGGUGGAGGCCCUCCUGAGCUGCCUGCUCAGGAGGAAGCUGCUCCGGGAGCUGUCCUUGCUGAUCACCACCAGACCCACCACGCUGGAGACCCUCCACCACAUGCUGGAGCAUCCCCGGCACGUGGCCAUCCUGGGCUUCUCGGAGGCUCUGCGCCAGGAGUACUUCUACAAGUUUUUCCGGCACGAGGAGCAGGCCCGCCAGGGCUUCAGCCUGGUGCGGGACAACGAGCCGCUCUUUACCAUGUGCUUCGUGCCCUUGAUGUGCUGGAUAGUCUGCACCUGCCUCAAACAGCAGCUGGAGGCCGGCUGGCCCUUCCCCCACACCUCCAAGACCACCACGGCCGUCUACAUGUUCUACCUGCUGAGCCUGCUGCAGCCCAAGCCGGGGCGACCCCGGGCCCGGCCGCCGCCCAACCUCCGGGGGCUCUGCUCCCUGGCUGCCAGGGGCCUCUGGAGCCAGAGGAUCCUCUUCGAGGAGGAGGACCUGCACAAGCACGGCUUGGACAGAGACGACUUUUCGGCCUUCCUCAACGUGAACAUCUUCCACAAAGACAUCCAGUGUGAGCGAUACUACAGCUUCAUCCACUUGAGCUUCCAGGAGUUCUUCGGCGCCAUGUUCUACGUCCUGGAGGGGGAGCCGGGGGCCCCUUCGGCAGACGUGGGGAAGCUUCUCAAGCGCUACGCCAAGUCUGAGAGGAGCCACCUGGCCCUCACCGUGCGCUUCCUCUUCGGGCUCCUUAACGAUGAGAGGCGGAGCUCCCUGGAGAAGCAGCUCGGCAGGAAGACCUCCCGGCGCACCAAGAGGGAGCUGCUGCGCUGGAUCCAGGCCAAGGCGCUGAGCGAAGGCUCCACGCUGCAGCGGGGAGCCCUGGAGCUCUUCCAGUGCCUCUACGAGAUCCAAGAGGAGGACUUCAUCCAGAGGGCGCUGGACCACUUCCAGGUGGUCGUGGUCAGCGACAUGGCCACCAAGAUGGAGCACAUGGUCUCCUCCUUCUGCGUGAGGAACUGCUGCAGCGCCGUGGUGGUCCACCUGGGCUCGACCAUGUUCAGUGCCGACUGUGAGGAAGACGCCGGGAACCAAGACGGCCGUGGGGCGGUGUCCGAGGGCGGGGAGCGGCCCGGGAACCAGGCUCCGGAGCAGUCCGAGAAGGACGUCCUUCCGGAGGCCUACUGUGAGCAUCUUGCCACUGCCCUCAGCACCAACUGGAAUCUUAUAGAGCUGGUUCUAUACCGGAACGUCCUGGGGAACCGUGGAGUGAGACUGCUGUGCCGAGGGCUCAGACAUCCCAACUGUCAACUCCAGAACCUUCGGCUCAAGCGAUGUCGACUCUCCAGCGCAUCCUGCCACGACCUCUCCUCGGCUCUCCUGAGCAAUCAGAAUUUAACCCGGCUGGACCUGAGCAGGAACUCGCUGGGGGCCGCGGGGAUGAAACUGCUGGCCGAGGGCCUCCGGCACCCCAAGUGCCGCCUCCAGAUGCUGCAGUUGCGGCGGUGCGGGCUGGAUAGGGAAGCGUGCCAGGAGCUCUCCAAGGUGCUGAGCUCCAGCCGCCACUUGACGGAGCUGGAUCUGACGGGCAAUGCCCUGGGGGACUCGGGGCUGCGGCAGCUGUGUGCCGGGCUGAGCCAUCCUGCCUGCAAGCUGCAGACUCUGUGGUUAAAGAUCUGCCACCUGCCACCCUCUGCCUGUCAGGAUCUGGCCUCCGUCCUCAGCAUCAACCAGAACCUGACCGAGCUGGACCUCAGCUUAAACGACCUGGGAGACCAGGGGGUGAAAUUGCUCUGUGAGGGGCUCUGCCAUUCCAAGAGCCAGCUGCAGACGCUUCGGUUGGGCAUCUGUCGGCUCACCUUUGUCUCCUGUGAGGCUUUAUCCACUACCCUGCAGUCCAACAUUCACCUCAAGGCUCUGGAUGUGAGUUUCAACGACUUGGAAGACCUGGGGGUGCACCUGCUCUGUCAGGGACUGCAGCACCCCAACUGUAAGCUUCACAAGCUGUGGUUGGAUAGCUGUUCCCUGUCCGGGGCUGCCUGCAGGGACCUUGCCGUGGCCCUGGGGGUCAACCAGACCCUGAGAGAACUCUACCUCACCAACAACGCUCUGGGGGACGCAGGGGUGCAACUGCUGUGUGAGAGGCUGAGCCAGCCCAGCUGCAGGCUCCGAACCUUGUGGUUGUUUGGUACGGAACUGACGGAAGGGACCCAGCAGGCCCUGGCUGCCCUUCGAGGAGCCAAGCCACACCUGGACAUCGGCUCCUGAGGAACUCGGCCAGGGAUGGGGCCUCUCGGGCCCAGGACUCAUCGUCGCCCUGCAGGGAGGCCGCGGCACAUCCCAAACUCUCCCAGCUUUCUCUUGUGACCAGACAACCCCUGCCAGCACUUCCACAUGUGUCCACGAGUGAUGGGAGCCUCCCCCUCCUGGGUCUCAAGUGGGAGAAGAAGGGCUUUGAGAUGGCCGCCAAUCCCAAGUGUUUCUGAA